AUGGCUGACACAGAUUGGGAUGCCGUUUUUCUCGACGAAGUCAAUGAUGGUGAGCAGAGUGUGGAUGAUGAUGUUGACAUAGGCCCCGGAGUGCCAGACACAGACGCUGGCCUAGAUCAUGACCCUUCCGAUUUUUUGGAGUCUGGGCCUCCGUUAGAAGACGUAGCGGGCUUAGCAGAGGUGAACGCCCCUCGCAAGCGGGGCCGCCCUGUUGGCACCUGUGGCAGCAAACUUCUGCGUGAACAGCAGAAGGCUGCACAAACGGAAUUGCGGCACAGGGCGGAGGCCAGCCGCCCGCAACCGGGCAGCAUAGCGUACGCUAGGGAAUGUAAGAAGAUGCGCAAGUCGCAGUCUACAGUCAGAUGUGCGGGCGACGUGGAUCAAGCGAUGCCUGAAAGAUCCAGCAUCGUUUCUGUCAUGGACCCCGGUUCUUCAAUGUGGACGUUCUUGUUGGACAUCCAAGCCCCGCUUCACCAAAGUCUCGUUGCUGCUGCACAGUUCUCAAUGCAGCAUCAAGAGGCCGACGCUCGAGAUCAAUCCGAGACCGCGACACUUAUGAGCCUGAAGGCAGCUGCGAUCAUGUCUGACAAGGCACUGAAGUCUGCUAUGAAGAGCCAGGGGCACUCUGACACGCUUCGUGUUGAGCGCCUCGCUACACGAGCUGCAUGUGCUUGUGUGUUGGCGGGUGGGGCUGCGUGGGGCGCGGUGCUGAAAUCCAUAGCGGAGCAAAAGGCGAAGUGGAGGGCCAUCCUGUUUAUUGAGAAGGUCCGCUAUGAUGAAACUCCGUUGCGGGUUCGAGUUGAGGGGCAGCAAGCUUCGGGCUCGAAAGCAGGCUCCUUGGAAGCCUGCCAGCAUGCGAAAGUAUUCCAAGCAGAGAUGACAGUCCAGAUGGUGCUGCAGGAAAAGUCUUCAGGGCGCCGUGUACUUUUUGCCGGCUGCCAGCCGACAGUCCUGCAGACAAUGGACCGCACUACGGCAGAGUGCUGUCUCAAGGCACUUUGCAAUGUACGCGCGCUCAUUCCCGGUAUCGAAACUGCUUCUACAAUAUUCGAGAAUUACCUGCGUGUUGCCGUCAUGGACAGAUAUGGAGCCAACUUUCGUUCUGAGAGAGCAAUGGCUCAACAGGCCAUGAAGGCUGGUCGCAACGAGAGCUCCUGCGCACAAAAGUGUGAAGUCCACAUUAUAGCACAAAGCAACAAAGCCGGCAUGGAUGUCUUGACGAAUGACAUUUCGGGUUUGUUGUCCAUGGCAUUAGCGCAACAGGGCAGCGGUACGCUUGGCACCCUUCGUGCCUUGCUGGGCGACGUCAUUUUGGAACACCUGUCUGUCUCGUACGCAAUGCCCCCACAAGGAGCAGUCUCGAAACAUAGGUCAGAGAUCCACGACUUGUUUGUUCCUAUCCCUCUUGACCCCGACACCGGCGCUGCAACUGGAGCCGGGGCGGUCUUGGCGAUGCAACGAAGAUAUGUGUUGGCCUCCCUCUUCAACGGGGAUUUAGAGGAAGAGUGCAUCACGCACUUUUGCCCUUACGGGUGCUGCGCCACGUGGGAAGAGACAGAGAUGCGGUUCCGGACCCUGGCGCCGUGGGCACUUCUGCCGCACAAGGCGCCGCGCUACGCCAGACAGAGGUGGACGAAUCACGGUGCCGCAGUCAAUUGGUCUGGGUUGCUCGCAAGUCACCACAAUCUCCUGUCGAGACUGAUGCACCGGUGGCUUGGCGCACCGACUGGGAAACCAUCGACUCCGGCGACCAGAGUGGACGCAGAAUCCGCGGCCUUUCUUGAGGAUAUGGCGGUAGACCUGGGGGAUGUGCCGGAUGAUGCAGGCGAUCCCGGGCUGAAUGCGGAGGGCGAUGCAGAUGCGGAGGAUGAUGAUGAUGCAACUUGGCCGUUUGCUCAGGACCUGCAGGCGGCCGAUUGGGUCAAACGGAAUCGUGCCUACAAACGCAAUGCUCGCCGCUGGGCAGACUCAAACCCAGGGCCGCGAUUGUGCGUGCUGAAGACCGCGAUGCUGGUUAUGGCAGCCCUGAUGCACCGUGCCCUCCAAGUAGCUGGGGCUGAGUGGCAACGGCAGCAAGAGAAGAAAGCAGCGCAGGGCCAAGACCGCUCGUACCGCAUGCUGGAAGCAGCGUUCUCGCAGGAUCUGCGGGACUAUUUUGUAGGCAUGAUUCGAAUCCUGCUGCAGCUGCCUCAAGGGCUGUCUCUUUCAAAGAUGACGCUUCCGCUCAAGCUGCUCAUGCUACGGGUUGUUGCCCGAUCCAUGUGCAGCCUACACGUCUUGCUGCGCGUGGCGCGAGAGAUGCAUCCAUAUUUGCUGUUCCGCUCCCUGUUGACCCACGAGUACGACAAGACACCACCCUGUUUGUGGGACUCCUUGAGAACAUUCUUCCACGAGAGUUUCCCAGACUUCUCGGAAGAUGCUGGCGCAUGCUUGGAAGCCUUGGCAGAGACCAUGGACAGGUGCAUCAGUACCAUCGAGGCGAGACACGCGCUCACUCGCCGGUUGACGGUGGCCCGGGGAGUACAGACGUGGAUACCGAAGUUGGCCUCUACUUCUGCGGAGUUUUGUUUGAGGCAGGUCUUGCUUCAGCAAGGCCCAGAAGCAUUUGCGCCUCAGGCUUCCGAUGAGGCGGCCCGCAAAGCCAAGCCCGAACAGAAGCGACGUGGUGGCGGGGGCGCUUGUCGUGCAUUUCUGCACGAAUGCAGCGCUGGUCGCAGGUUCACCAAAAGCAGCUUGCAGGAAUUAAUGCAGGAGUUUCGUUCCCUAGACCCGAGUGCUCUGGCUUACUACGAAGACUUGGGCAAGCGGGCGGCAUUCGCGCAUCGCAACGGCUACCACUCAUUCGGCGAGCGCAAGCCACGUGUGCCUCGUGCGGCUCAACCACCCUUGGCCGACAAUGCACCUGUGGAUGAUGGUGCGGCAUUGGUACCUGGAGCCUAUGCUCCUCUGAUUCCUGUGGUGGACCGCAGCCUGAAAGAAGGUAUGCGUGAAAUUCGGGCAACCAUGCGUGAGAAACAGCGACAGCAGAAGGAGAAGCGUGAGAAGGAGGAGGCCGCGUUGUCUGAGUGGCAGCAGAACUACUUGGAGGAGUCCCCCAGCCCUUUUCCAGCUGUUCCUGCUCACGCCUGCUGUUCUUCGGCAGCGGCCGGAACUGGGCAGUUGCACGGCUACCUACGAUGGUUCCCUCCAUGCACGCAGUUUGCCAAGGCCGUGCUCAGCGACGCGAACGCUACCUCGAGAUCUUGUGGCCUUCGCACGAAGCUGGAGAACCAUUGGGACGAUACUUGUGCACUGAUUGUGCAUGCUGAGCAGCCGGAAAUCAAGUUUGACAAAGCCAUUUCCAAGAACUUGUUCAGGCCUUCUAAGUGCUACUUGACAGGUCUUUGCAUCUGUGGGCAGGGCCCACCUGAAAACACUUACGCGAUAAGGGUGGUGGACAGAAUCACCCAGAUUAUGAAGCAAGCGUUCUGGUCUAAAGGAUCCGGUAAGGACCGCAAGACCUCGAAGCCGCGAGAGCUCUUGGAAAGCUUGCAAGUUGUGCUGGCUCUUCGCCCCACGGGCGGCCAGGACGCUGAGGACAGAGGCUUGUGGCUCCUUCUUGGAUUUGUCAACUACAAGACCUGGAAGGUGACAGCUCUAGAGCUGAUGUGCACGGCUGUCGCGCCGGACGGGUCGCGAGCGUGGCUUCAGCUGGUCGAUGUCCAGGCCUCGGACAUGGAGUACUUCUUGCAAGAGCUUGACGACGAAGAUGACAAGGAGCAUCUGCACCAGCUCGGCUUGCUGGCGCGCACCUUGCUGGAAGCAGUGAAAACCAAGCUAUCGUUCCAACAGUCUUACGUGGCAUCCUUUUGGAAAAUGGCGCCCAGCGUUUCCCCUGGCACGACCCUGCUGGAGGAGAUGCUGCCAUGCUUUCUACAGGUGAUUCCCCUGGGCGAUGUGCCGGAGCGUUCUGUGUGGGACGGGCCUGCAGCGGAGGACGAUCAACGUCGCCUCGGGACUGUGGCAUAG